CUCUCACCUCCAGGUCGGCAGGGCUCGACCCUGGCUGCCAGAAGCCUCCGGGUGGGCGGACACAUGGAGUGUCCGGCGUGCCAGCACGUCUCCAGCGAGGAGGCCCCCAAGUUCUGCAGCGAGUGUGGAGAGAGGCUGCCCCCCGCGGGCGCCCUGCCAGGCUCCAAGAAUGACAGUGGCGCUGGCACCGUGGCCGUGGCCUCGGUGGCCCUGGAGGCAGACGUACAGUGUGUGGACACGGCUCGGGCAGGAGACGGGCCCCCUGCCUCGUCCCCGGGCUCAGGUGAUUGGCAGGAAAGCGCAGACGAACCCGGCUCCGACGCCUCCUGGACCGUCCAGUUGAGUAAGAAGAAAAGGAAGAAGAUUCAGGGCAGAGCCGCUUCCUCAAAGCCGGGCCCCUCGCCCCUGCCUGCCCCCGGCCCCUCGAGUCUGGAGCCGCUCUGGAGCCCUGGGCCCCAGGACACAGCCCGGUCCCAGCCGCCGCCGCAGGGCACAGGCCCCAAGGAGCCGGCCCCGGGGGACAGCGGUCCCGGACCCCAGGACCUGCGCAAAGGGGAGGGCCUGGGCCCUGGCCAUCCCCCCGGGGGCAGAGGCCUCUCCGGGGCGGGGCCCAGCCCGGCUGCUGCCACUGCCGCCCCGGAGCUCCUCCUGGCAGAGUCACCGCGGGACGACGCUGGGCCCGGGCAAGGACCCAGGAACGAGCUGCAGCCAGCCAGGCGGCCGGAGGGGGCCCCUGCCUCCGGGGCUGUUGAGGCUACGGCUGAGCCAGCUGAUGGCGCUGGGAAGGAAAUGAAAGGCAAGGCCCAGAAAAGCAAGCAGCCGCCAGCAAGCACCCCUGCUUCCCAGAAACAGGGCCAGGAAGCUGAACCCAAGGACGCCACGACUGUGACUGGAGACAAAACGGAUAAAAACAAGAAGGCAAAGCUGGAGGCCCCGAAGAAGCCGGAAGGAAGCAGCAGACAUCACGCGGCCUCUCUGAAGAGUGAGAAGAGCCAGGAGGGGGGCUCCCGGGAGGCCCCGGAGAGCGGGCUGAGCCCCGGCGAGGGAGUCACGGUGUACUUCCACGCUAUCCUCUCUAAAGACUUCAGCUUUGACCCCAGCCACCACAAAGUGUUUGUCAGGGGAGGAGAGGAGCUGGGAAAGACCAAGUGGACGGAUGUGUGUGAGAUGAACUACACCAGGGACUUGCACGAGAACGGGUCCCUCAUCGAAGGCAGCCUGGUCAUCUCCAGGCAGCACCUGGACAAGGCCAUCCCCUACAAGUACGUCGUCUACCGUGACAAAGGCACCGCGGAAUACGAGUUCAUCUACAAGCAGCAGCAGAAGGAGGGCGAGCACGUGAACCGCUGCCUCUGUGUGAAGUCCACCCUCGUGGGCUCGGGAGACUGGCACCAGUACGACGACAUCAUCUGCAUGAAGCCGCCCGGGAAGUUUCGGAGGUUCCUGGAUAAACUCACGGACGGCACGCAGAAGGACCUGGUGCGCGGGAAGCAGCUGGCGGCCGGCAUCAUGCUCGACAGCAUCUUCAGCGUCCUGCGGCCCUGGAGCCCCGUCAACCUCGGCAGCUUCUUCACGCAGCUCCAGCAGUUGUACGCCGUCGUCCGCGUGCCCAUGGUGUACGAGGGCCAAGCCCAGCCGUGGAAAUCGCUGCAGUACGAGGAGGCGCAGGUGAAGGAGCACCUGUGGCAGUAUCUGAAGAAGAAGAUGGCGCCGUUUCUGGAGGGAAAAGGCGGCGAGCACGCGCCCGGCGACGGCCCGGUGAGCAGCAAGCUGAGGAUGGGCCUGAUCGUCCUUUUCUCGGUGGAAAAGUUUAACCUGUGCUUGCCACAAAGUGACCUGGGCCUGCUCUGCUGCCUGCUCGCGCCGAGUGCCCGCGGCGCCGAUGCCCUCCAUCGCGACCUCAGUCACUUCCCCGGAACCUCGCACAGCUGGCGAGCGUUCUUGGUGAACCUGUGUCAGAGGUGCAUGGAGAGCAAGGUGGACUCCUGGCUGGCCGUCCUGCCCGUCCUGCACUACUUCAUGGAGCUGUCGCCGCCCAGCAGGGACGCGGCGAGGCAGCCCGAGGACAGCUGGGCGGCCCUCCAGGGCAUCUCCUUCUGGACGUUCCGGGAGAAGACGCCAGAGCCGAACCAGCUGCUUCAGGUCAUGGAACGGAACCAGCACUUGCUGGGCCUGGAUCAGUAUCUCUUCCGCUCCUGGUUUAGUUUGCUUCCUCUGGGGCAGCUGGUGCACUACAUGGAGAGCUUCGCCGAGCACCUGACUGGCUGUCCUGCCCGGGUCCUGGACUGUCUCCUGGGGACCGCCUACCGGCUGCAGGAACUUUCUUGGGUCGGGUACCUGAACGCACAGGCUAUCCAGAGGACCUUCCAGAUGCUGCUGCACCUGCUGGACAUCUGUCAGACCGCGAUCGUCCAGGAGGCCUUGCUGCAGGCCUGCCGGGCUGUGUGCUUGAGACUCCACGAGCUCGCCUGCGGCCUCACCAAGAGCGUGGCGUUCUAUGAGAUCCCUGCCUUGUCGGCGGAGACCGUGUGCAAACUGCUCGUCCUGCAGCCCGCCGCGGACUCCGUGGAGCGGCCUGGGGAGGCAGCCAGGAGGAGCUCGGGCACAGCCGCCUUCCAGGAGACGCUGGCCACCACGAGGGCCUGGCUCCAGGGGGUCUUCAAGGAGAACAUGCUGAAGAACUCGCAUUUCUCUGACGUCCGGUUCACCUACCCCCACGAGAUCCAGGUCUGGAGGCGGCUGGUGGAAAUAGGCUUCCCCGUGGAGCUGGGCUGGAAGGAGUCCCUGCUGGGAGACCUGGAGGGGAGGCUCACACAGGAGAGGCCGCUCGCCCAGAUCUCCGCCUACUGCAGCACCCGCUGGGACACCGCGGGCCCCGAGGACAGCGUGGCCCAGAGCUUUGAGAAGUGCGUCAUCGAAGCCGUGAGCUCAGCCUGCCAGUCUCAGACCAGCGUCCUGGAGGGCGUCUCCUGUCAGGACCUGAGGAAAUUCGGCACCCUCGUGUCUGCCGUGAUCACCAAGUCGUGGCCCCGAAGCUGCGGGGAAGCCACGGACGACUUUGACGAGAUUCUGGAACACCUGCUCACGGGGCCCGACGUCAAGCAUCUCUUCAAGUUGUAUGGAACCGACGAGAAGAUACUGGCCAACAUCACGGAGGAAGGCAAGAAGCUGAUGGCUGCCGCCGACUCGGUGCUCACCACGGCCGCUGCCGAGCUCGUGUCGGGCAGCAUUCUUGUCGGGCACCUGGAGCUGAUCCUGAGGCACAGGGCCCAGUUUCUCGACGUCUGGCGACUGCAGAGAAAAGCGUCUUCCUCCCGAGAGGACCAGUGCGACGUGGAGGAGUUGCUGGGCUGGAGGAAGGCGGAGCUUGACUUUCUGAAGACGGAGCGGAGGCGCGUGGGCAGCCUCCUGAGCCAGUGUGGGAAGGUGCAGCACCUGGUGCAAGUGGACUUCGGCGAGAUGGCCGUGAGGCACGCGGAAGACCUCAGCCGGACAAGACUGAAUGCGGCCGUGACCGUGAGGCCGCCCGCCUCCUCGGACGAGGAGCUGGCCACACACUACCACCUCAGCCCCGAGGCCCGAGGCAUGGCCGAGCAGAUCGACCUGCUGAAAGACAGCCACGUCUUCCAGCUCUUCUGGGAGGAGGCCGCACAGUCGCUGGGCCUCCCGGAGCCGCUGGGCGAGGCCGAGGACGAACCGCAGCGGCCGGUCGUGACGCUGGACGCGGCCCACGAUGCUCUGUUUUGUCCCUGCUACAAGAAGUUUCUCAGGUUUUACCGGAAUCUGAAGUCAGGAGAGGUCACCUUGGCGGAGGUGCACGUGGUUUUCAAGGACUUUGUGAACAAGUACAGCGACCUGGCCUUGGAGCUCCACGCCAUGAGUGCUGUGGACGGGCAGGGCGCGAGGAGCUGGAUUUACGGCCGCGUCCAGCAGGUCGAGGAGUACCACAGCCUGCACCAGGCCGUGCACUCGGCCAAGGUCAUCCUGCAGGUCAAAGAGGCCCUGGGGCUGACCGGCAGCUUCAGCGUUCUGUACACUUUGCUAAACUUCACGGAUGACUUUGACAAAUUUCGCCACGAGAAACUGGACCGGAUCAGCCCGCAGCUCAUCCAGGCCAAGAAGCUGCUGCAGGACAUCAGCGAGCCGCGCUGCCAGUGCCUGAGGGAGCUGUCCCUGUGCAGGGAGUUCAUCGGCUGGCUCCGGGACGCCCUGGCGGACAUCAAUGAGCUGAAGGUGUUUGUGGACCUGGCCUCCAUCUCCGCUGGGGAGAAUGACAUUGACGUGGACCGGGUGGCCUGCUUCCACGACGCCGUGCAGGGCUACGCGCCCCUGCUGUACAAGCUGAGCGCCACGGCGGACUUCACCGUGUUCAUGGACCAUCUCAGGGAGCUCUGGAAGGCUCUGGACAAUGACAAGCACCUGCCCAAGAAGCUGCGCGAUUCUGCCAGGAACCUAGAGUGGCUGAAGACGGUGAAGGAGAGCCACGGGUCUGUGGAGCUGUCCUCCUUGUCCCUGGCCACAGCCAUCAACAGCAGAGGCAUCUACGUGCUGGAGGCACCCCAAGCCGGUCACAGGAUUUCCCCCGACAUGGUGCUCCGCCUGAACCUGCCCCAGGGCCAGGGCUGGCAGGACGCGGUGCGCAGCUACACCCUGGAAGAGCUGAAGGAGCUGCUGAACAAGCUGAUGCUGCUGUCCGGCCAGAGAGACCACAACAGCUCCGAGGUGGAGCGGUUUUCCGAGGUGUUCUGCCGCGUGCAGAGGCUGGUGCAGGCCUUCAUCGACCUGCACUCCGCGGGAAACAUGCUGUUCCGCACCUGGACCGCCGAGGUGCGCUGCUCCGCGACCAAGGUCGUGUCCAUCCGUCUGGACUUCGGCCUGGAGCUGCUGGCGCCGCUGACGGGCCGCGGGGACGAGCUGGAGCUGCUGGAGGCCGUGUGCCGGCUGAUGGAGCGCUUCCUGGCGCGCUGGGAGGCCUUCGUGACGCGGCAGCGCGAGGAGCACUUCUACCUCAACCUCUACACGGCCGAGCAGCUGGUCUACCUGAGCGCCGAGCUGCCCCGGGCGCCCCCCAGCGAGGCCGCCCUCACCAUGCUGGGCUUCGUCAAGGGCGGCUGCACCCCCACCGACGUCUUGCGGGCCCUCUCGGGAAGCGGCGGGGAGGUGGCCCGGGCCCGCGCCAGCGCCACCCUGCAGGAGCUGUGGCCUGUACUCCUCGCCGAGUUCAACCUGGAGAAGCAGCUGAGCCUGUUCCUGGAGCAGGCCGUGGACUGCAUGGGCGCCUUCGUGCCCCACUGUCUGGACCUGGACACCUUGGGCCGCUGCCUGGCGCGCCUGGCCAGCCUGGGGGGGCCCCUGGUGGAGCGGCGCCUUCCCCAGGGCCUGCAGGCGGGCCGGCCCAACCUGAUCCUGUGUGCCCAGGCCGAGGUGCUGCCGGCCGCCCUGGCCGUGUACAUGCAGGCGCCCGGGCAGCCGCUGCCCACCUACGACGAGGUGCUGCUAUGCACGCCCGGCACCAGCUUUGAGGAGGUGGCGCUGCUGCUGCGCCGCUGCCUGACGCCCGGCUGCCAGGGCCGCAGGCUCUACAGCCUGCUGUUUGCCGACCGCCUGAGCUACGAGGUGGCCUGCCGGGUGGAGGCGUUGUUCCACAGCCUGUGCGCACGGCACCACCGCGACGACUACCAGCUCGUGCUGCUGUGUGACAGCGACCGUGAGCACUGCUGCCUGCCCUCGGCCUUCAGCCAGCAGAAGGUCCUGGUCACCCCGCAGGCCCCCCUGGACACCAUCCAGGCCUACCUGGCGCAGCACUACCAGGUCCCCGAGCAGAUCCCGUCGGCGGCGGCCGUGUUCAGGGACCGGAUGUGUGUUGGCAUCGUGGCCUCCGAGAGGGCUGGUGUUGGGAAGUCGCUGUACGUGCAGAGGCUGCACAGCAGGCUGAGGCAGGUGCACAGGCAGCGGGUGCCCCUGAAGACCAUUCGCCUGAUGGAGCCCGAGGUGGACGAGAGCCACGUCCUGAGCAGCCUCGUGCCCUUCCUGAACGCGCAGUCCCAGAGCACGCCCAUGAUCUUCCACCUGGACGUGACCUCCUCCGUGCGGGCGGGCGUCGAGGCGUUCCUCUUCAAGCUCCUCGUGUUACAGUACCUGAUGGACGUCCACGGGAAGAUGUGGCUGCGGAACCCGCGCCAUCUGUACCUCGUGGAGAUCCUGGAGGACAAGUCAGCGCUGGCCAGGAGGCCUUCGAGACGGGGCGCGCAGGCCCCGCACUUCAGCUUCCUGGACGUCUUCCCGAAAGUCACCUGCCGGCCUCCCAAAGAGGUGCUGGGCGUGGAGCCGACUCCCGAGCCCGGCAUGGACCAGCAGGAGUUCCGCAGCGAGACCUUCCAGAGGCCUUACCAGUACCUGAGACGCUUCCACCUGCAGCAGGACCUGGACGCGUUCCGGUACCGGCAGGGCUCGGUGGAAGGCAGCCCCGGGGAGUGCCUGCAGCUCCUGCUGCUCCACUGCGGCGUGGUGAACCCGUCCUGGGCCGAGCUGCAGAACUUCGCGCGCUUCCUGAACUACCAGCUGCGGGACUGCGAGGCCUCGCUCUUCUGCGACUCGGGCUUCACCGGAGACACCCUGCAGGGCUUCAAGAGCUUCGUGGUCACCUUCAUGAUCUUCAUGGCCAGAGACUUCGCCACACCCACCCUGCAGACCUCGGACCAGAGCCCCGGGAAGCACCUGGUCAGCAUGGACGGGGUCCGGGAGGAAGACCUGGCCCCCUUCUUGCUCCGCAGGAGGUGGGAGUCGGAGCCCCACCCGUACGUCUUCUUCAACGACGACCACGUGUCCAUGACGUUCAUCGGCUUCCACCUCCAGCCCAACCAGGCGGGCGGCGUGGACGCCGUCAAUCACUUGAACGGGCAGGUCAUCAAGAAAGACGUGAUGACGCAGGAGCUGUACCAGGGGCUGCUGCUGCAGGGGGUGCCCUUCAACGUGGACUUCGACACGCUGCCCAGACACGAGAAGCUGGAGCGGCUCUGCCUGGCCCUGGGCGUCCAGUGGCCCGUCGACCCCGACGAGACGUACGAGCUCACCACGGACAACAUGCUGAAGAUCCUGGCCAUCGAAAUGCGGUUCCGGUGCGGGAUCCCGGUCGUCAUCAUGGGCGAGACCGGCUGCGGGAAAACCAGGCUCAUUAAGUUCCUCAGCGACCUGCGUCGUGGGGGCGCCAUGGCCGAAACCAUGAGGCUGGUCAAGGUCCACGGGGGCACGACGGCUGACACGAUCCGUUCCAGGGUCCGGGAGGCCGAGAGGGUCGCCUUCCGCAACAGGGCCCAGCACGAGCUGGACACCAUCCUGUUCUUCGACGAGGCCAACACGACCGAGGCCGUCAGCUGUAUCAAGGAAGUCCUGUGUGACCGCACGGUGGGAGGCCAGCCCCUGGCCAAGAACUCCGGCUUGCACAUCAUCGCGGCCUGCAACCCGUACCGCAGGCACACCCAGGAGAUGAUCCGGCGGCUGGAGUCGGCCGGCCUGGGGUACAGGGUCAGCGUGCAGGAGACGGCCGACAGGCUGGGCUCCAUCCCGCUGCGGCAGCUGGUGUACCGGGUCCACGCCCUGCCCCCGAGCCUGGUUCCCCUGGUCUGGGACUUUGGACAGCUGAGUCGCAGCGCCGAGCGGCUCUACAUCCUGCAGAUCGUCCAGCGGUCGGUGGACCGCGCCCGGAUCGACGAGGGCCACACGCGGGUGAUGGCGGCGGCGCUGUGCGCCUCGCAGGCCUUCAUGAGGAGCAGGGAGAACGAGUGUGGCUUCGUCAGCCUCAGGGACGUGGAGCGCUGCGUGGCGGUGUUCCGCUGGUUCCAUGAGCGCAGCGAGGCCCUCCUGGGGAGGCUGGACUCCUUCCUGGACGAGGCCGGCGUCAGGAAGGGCGGCCACGUCGAGAGAGACCCGGUGCUCUGGGCCCUGGUGCUGGCUCUCGGGGUGUGUUACCACGCCUCUCUGGAGAAGAAGGAGUCCUACUGGAGGGUCGUCUGCCAGCUCCUUCCCCGGCCGUACGACAGCAGCAAGGCCGUCCUGGAAGAGAUAAGCCAGACACAGGCGCUCUUCCUGCACGGCGUGCCCCUGAGGCAGGCCAUCGCCAGGAACGCGGCCCUCAAGGAGAACGUCUUCAUGAUGGUCGUCUGCAUCGAGCUCAAGAUCCCGCUCUUCCUGGUGGGGAAGCCCGGCAGCUCCAAGUCUCUGGCCAAGACCAUCGUGGCGGACGCCAUGCAGGGCCCGGCCGCCCACUCGGAGCUCUUCCGGGGCCUGAAGCAGGUCCACCUGGUGUCGUUCCAGUGCAGCCCCCACUCCACCCCGCAGGGCAUCAUCGGCACCUUCCGGCAGUGCGCCCGCUUCCAGCAGGGCAAGGACCUGCAGCAGUACGUGUCCGUGGUGGUGCUGGACGAGGUGGGCCUGGCCGAGGACUCCCCCCGCAUGCCCCUGAAGGCCCUGCACCCGCUGCUGGAGGACGGGUGCAUCGACGACCACCCGGCCCCCCACAAGAAAGUGGGCUUCAUCGGCAUCUCCAACUGGGCCCUCGACCCCGCCAAGAUGAACCGCGGCAUCUUCGUGGCGCGCGGCAGCCCCAGCAAGAAGGAGCUCAUAGACAGCGCCAGGGGCAUCUGCUCCUCGGACGGCCUCGUGCUGGCCCGCGUCCAGGGCUACUUCGCGCCCUUCGCCCGGGCCUACGAGACAGUGUGCCGGAGCCAGGACAAGGAGUUCUUUGGGCUCCGGGACUACUACAGCCUCAUCAAGAUGGUCUUCGCCACGGCCAAAGCCUCGCUCCGGAUGCCCGCCCCGCGGGACAUCGCACGGGCCGUCCUGCGCAACUUCAGCGGCAAGGACGACAUCCCGGCGCUGGACAUAUUCUGCGCCAGCCUGCCCGAGGCCCGCUGCUCCGAGGAGGUCAGCACCCUGCAGCUCAUCAGGCAGAACAUCUUCGGGGACGCGCGGGCGCCGGGCGCGGGGCUGGAGGAGCCGGAGGUCCGCUACCUGCUCGUGCUCACCAGAAACUACGUGGCCCUGCAGAUCCUACAGCAGCUGUUCCUUGGCGCGGGCCAGCAGCCCGAGAUCAUCUUCGGGUCCAGCUUCCCCAAGGACCAGGAGUACGCCCAGAUCUGCCGAAACAUCAACCGCGUGAAAGUCUGCAUGGAGACCGGCAGGAUGGUGGUGCUGCUCAACCUGCAGAGCCUCUACGAGAGCCUGUACGACGCGCUCAACCAGUACUACGUGCGCCUCGGCGGCCACAAGUACGUGGACCUGGGCCUGGGCACGCACCGCGUCAAGUGCCGCGUCCACCCCGGCUUCCGGCUGAUCGUCAUCGAGGAGAAGGACGUGGUCUACAGGCAGUUCCCCGUCCCGCUCGUCAACCGGCUGGAGAAGCACUACCUGGACAUCCACACGGUGCUGCCGCCCUGGCAGCGGGGCAUCGCCCAGGAGCUCGAGGCGUGGGUGGCCAAGUUCGUGGACCUGAGGCCGGACCAGCUGCUGGCCAGGCACAAGUACAGCCCCGCCGACGUCUUCAUCGGGUUCCACUCCGACACCUGCGCCUCUGUGGUGCUGCAGGUGGCCGAGAGGCUGGGCGCCCGGGACCUGACCGACGAGCACUACCAGCAGGUGCUGGAGGAGGCCAAGCUGGCCCUGCUGGGCUGCGCCACGCCCGACGCCGUGGUCCGGCUGAGCGCGUCCUCGCUGGGCGGCUUCACCGCGCAGGGGCUGUCGCGGGAGUACUACCGCUCCCAGCAGCACGACUCCUUCGCCGACUUCCUGCAGGCCCAGCUCCGCACGGUGGACCAGGGGUGCCGUGCCGUCUUCACCGAGGUCACCACGUUCUCCAGGCUGCUGACCAGCCAGGACUGCGAGUGUCUGGGGGCGGAGCUGAGCGGCCGGGCUCCGAGGCCCGCGGUCCUGUCGUUGCAGCAGUUCGACACCGAGUACUCGUUCCUCAAGGAAGUGCGAAACUGCUUAGCGACGGCGGCCAGGUGCAAAAUCCUCAUCGUCCAGACGGACUUCGAGGACGGGGCCCACAGCGCUCAGCUCAUCGCCUCGGCUAAGUAUUCUGCCACAAAUGAAAUCAACAAACUGCAAGGAAGGGAGGACUGCGUGCUGGUCUACUUCAUCACAAAGCUGUCGCGGAUGGGGAGCGACGUGGCCUACGUGGGAUUCCACGGAGGGCUGUGGCACUCGGUGCACAUUGACGACCUCCACAGGUCCACGGUGAUGGCCUCGGACGUGACCAGGCUGCAGAACAUCCCCAUCAGCCAGCUGUUCCCGCAAGGAGACGGCCCCGAGCCGAAAGGCGACCAUGAGGGAGACGUGGAAAUGGGUGUGGAUGAGUCAGGGGCCGUGGAGGUGGUGGAAAUGGAGACAGAGAGUCCGGAGGGGAUGGAACGUGGCGCCCCGGCCCCAGCAGGCAGCGACGUGCCCCUCCUGGACACCACCCAGCUGCUGCAGAGCUGCGUGCAGAGUGCCGUGGGGAUGCUCCGGGACCCGGCCGAGAGCGGCCAGCGCAACAUGCGGAGGGUGGAGCUGCUGCUGGGCCUCCUGAGCGGGGACGCUGCCUUCCUGCAGGUGCUGAAGGUGCGGCUCCACGGUCUCCUGAGGAAGCAGGAGGAGAGCCAGCUGCGCAGUCAGGACUGGGUGGUGAGGGCGGCGUCCAACCAGGACGCGCUGCAGGAGGCCGGCACCUUCAGGAACUCCCUCUGGAAGCGGGUCCAAGGCGUGGUCACCCUGCUCCUGGCCAGCGUGGUGUCGUUCAUCGACAGAGACGGCAACCUGGAGCUGCUGGCCAGGCCGCGCCCUCCGGCCUGGGCACGGUCUCUAUGGAUGUUCAUCUUCACGGACGCCAAGCUGCUGGACAUCCCCCUGGUGACGAGUGACACCAGAUCCAAAGGCGAGGUGACCUCCAUCUUGGUGCAGAACCACAUGAGCCUCGCCGAGGGCGCCAACGACACCCCGUUCAGCUGGAGGAUCAAGGACUACCUGGAGGAGCUGUGGAUGCAGGCUCAGUACAUCACCGAUGCCGAAGGACUGCCCGGGAAGGUGGCGGAGAUCUUCCGGCAGACGCCUCUCGGCAGCUUUGUGGCGCGGCUCCCUGCGGAACAGCAGCAGGAGCUUCUCCAGUGCUUCCUGAGAGACUUCGUCCGCUUGAGCAUGAGCGUGUCCACCGGGGAAGAAUUCAAGCUUCUGCAGAUGGCUCUGUGGUCCUGCAUGCGGGAGCUCAGCGCGGCCUCGGGCCAGCCGGAGGACGGGCUGUCCCUGCCGUGGGUGCUGCUGGCCCAGCAGCGCUUCGGGAGCCGGCUGCAGAACCUCUCCCGCAUCCUGACGCUGCAGCCGCAGGUCCUCCCCAGCCUGGCACAGAAGCACGACCUGGCCGGAAGUGAGAUGACGCUGGAUGUGUUUGCAGCCAUGGCCUGUACAGAAAUGCUCACCAGAGACACCCUGAAGCCCAGCGCCCGGGCCUGGCUGCAGCAGGUGAAGAGCCUGUCCACGCCGCUGGAGCUGGUCUGCUCCGAGGGCCACCUGCAGGGCAGCGGGCACGCGGCCAGGACCAUCAGCCGGGAAGUCAGAGCCCAGUGGCGCCGGAUCUCCUCCGUGGCGCUGUUCGUGGAGCACGUGCUGCUGGGCGCCGAGAGCCAGAUCCCCGAGCUGUGCCCGCAGGUGACCUCCUACGUCUUCUCGCUGAACAAGUGUCUCCAGGAGAACUCCGACUUGAAGGCGCACAGGCCCUUCCAGGCCGUCAUGGCCACCCUCUGUGAGUGCAAGGACACGGCCAGCAAGGCCCUCGCCAGGUUCGGGGUGGAGCCAUGCCCCAUCUGCCUGGGGGACGCCCAGGAUCCGGUGUGUCUGCCGUGCGACCACGUGUUCUGCCUGCACUGCCUGAGGGCCUGGCUCGCGCCGGGCCAGAUGCUGUGCCCCUUGUGCCUGACGGACCUACCCGACAGGUUCCAGCUCACCGUCUCCCAGGAGCACAGCAUGGCCAUUGCCAAGCACGCACAGUUCCGGCAGCUGUGCAACAGCUUCUUCGUGGACCUGGUCUCCAGCAUGUGCUUCCGAGACGACUGCCCGCCGCACGGGGACGUGGUCCAGAGCCUGCUGUCUCUGCUGUUCGUGCAGAAGGAGCUGCUGCGACGUGAGCCGCAGGGGCCCCGUGAACACACGAAGUCCCUCUCUCCAUUCAAUGACGUUGUGGAUAAAACUCCGGUCAUCCGCUCCGUGGUCCUGAAGCUGCUGCUAAAAUACAGCUUCCGAGAAGUGCAGGACUACCUCCAGGACUACCUGUCCCUGCUGGAGAAGAAGUCCUUCUUGGUGGAGGACAAGACCGAGCUGUACCGCCUCUUCCUCAACUGCCUGGAGGACUCCAUGCAGGAGAAGGCCAGCGCCUGCCCCAGGAACGAGGCCCUGAGCCUCCUGAGGGAGGACAGCCGCUUCCUGCAGGCCCAGCGCCCGGGCGGCCCGGGCCAGGAGCGCCCCCGCGAGGCCUCCGUGAGGUACCUGCAGGAGGUGGCCAGGAUCCGCCGCUGCCUCGACAGGGCCUGCGGGCUCCUCUCGGAGCUCCAAGAGGACGCAGAGAUGGCUGAGGAGCAGCAGAGCUACCUGUCGGAGGUGGAGCGCUUCUGUGCCCGAGCCCAGAACGACUGGUACCGCGUGUACCUGGUGCGCAAGCUCGCCAGCCAGCGCGGCAUGGAGUUUGUGCAGCGCCUGUCCGCGCAGGGCCACCCGUGCCAGUGGGUGUUUCCCAGGGAAGUCGUCGCGCAGCAGAAGGACCACGUGGGCCAUCUGGAUCGGUUCCUGGUGCACGGCGAGGAGUACAAGGCUGUGCGCGACGCCGUGGGCAAGGCCGUGCUGGAGGGCAAUGCUCUGGGCAUCGCGGCCGCUCUGAAGGCCUGCAGGAAGCCCAGCACCCAGCAGGCGGCCCACCUGCUGCUGGCGCUCUUCCAGGAAGUGGCCGUCUUGUACAGGUCCCAGCAUGUCAGCCUCCACCCCAAGCCAGAGCAACGCGAGGCCCUGAACGCCUUCAUCGAAGAGAACCAGGCCCUUCUUUCUCCGGACAUGCGAGCUUUUGCCGUGUCCCUCGUGGCCAAUUCCCUGCCACUGCUGAGCACGGGCCCCGGGGACAGCAGCCUCGAAGGAGCAGUGGUGGAGCUGGCCGUCCACUCUGCAGCUGUCCUCCUGAGCGGACGCGGCGCCAUCUUGGCACCCCUGCGGAACCUGGCCUUCUCCCCGGCCAGCAUGGCGGGAGCUUAUCUUCCCACGAUGCCUGAAGACCUGCUGGCUCAGGCCAGGAGCUGGAGAGGCCUGGAGGGCCUGCAGUGGUACACUUGUCCCAACGGCCACCCGUGCUCCGUGGGGGAGUGUGGCAAGCCGAUGGAGCAGAGCCAGUGUGUGGACUGCGGCGCCCAGGUGGGAGGGAUCAACCACAUACCCAACGCCGGCUUCCACGUCAUCACGAGCGAUGCAGAUAGAACUCAGACUGGACAUGUGCUGGGGGACCCGCAAAACAGAGGCACGGCGGUGGCGCCUGACCGGGAGCUGUCCCCGGUGGCCUUCGUCCUCAUCCGGUUACUCACUCAUUUGGCCUUGCUCUGGGGAGCUGCCCAAGACCCCCAGGCUCUGAUGAAGAUCGUCAAGCCUCGGGUGUGGGACCUGCGGGGCUUCCUGCAGCAGCACGUCCAGCGGGACCUGGGGCAGCUCACCGCCAUGCUGGGCAGGAGCGCCGACGAGACCGCCAGCGUGGCCCACCUCGUCCUGGGCAGCCUGCUCCACGAGCAGCACCCCGUCUCCAGCCAGAGGCCUGUACAUUACGACGCACAGCUGUCAACUAAGGAAAAGAGAAACGACUGGGAGAAGCACGUGGAGGCCCUCAUCCUACCCGUGCUGGAGCACCUGGAUAAAACCCUGCUCAGGGUGAACGCUCUGAUCAGCCAAGACGAACGCAUCAGCUCCAACCCCGUGGCCAAAAUCGUGUACGGCGACCCGGCGGCCUUCUUGUCCCACCUGCCCCGGGAGAGCGUGGUUCACUGCUCGAAGGUCUGGAGCUGCAGGAGGAGGAUCACGGUGGAGUACCUCCAGCACGUGGUGGAGCAGAAGAACGGCAAAGAGACGGUGCCCGUCCUCUGGCAGUUCCUGCAGAAGGAAGCAGAGCUGAGGCUGGUGAGAUUCUUGCCUGAGAUCCUGGCCCUGCAGAGGAGUCUGGUGAGACAGUUCCAGAACGCGCCGGACGCCGAGUACCGAUCCAUCCGAGGUUUCAUCAGCAGUCAGGGUUCAGACGGGCGGCGGCACCGGCUCCACCAGCAGAUCACCGUCUUUCUGUCCACGUGGAACCAGCUGAGGCGAUCCCUGGGGACCAACGGUGAAAUCAAGCUCCCCGAAGACUACUGCCGUUCGGACCUGGAUCUGGACUCGGACUUUGGGGUCCUUCUGCCGCGGCGCCGGGGGCUGGGCCUCUGUGCCACCGCCCUGGUCAGCUACCUGAUCAGCCUCCACAACGGGAUGGUCUGCACGGUGGAGAAGUUCUCCACGGAGAACAGGAGCUACUCCGUGGACGCCUCGGACGUGGCUGAGCUGCACGUCAUCAGUUACGACGUGGAGCGGGAUCUGACCCCACUGAUCCUGUCCAACUGUCAGUACCGGGUGGAGCGAGGCGGGGAGGCCCUGCAGGAGCUGGACCUGGACAAGAUUCAGCGGCAGGUCGUUGGCCGCUUCCUGCAGGGCAAGCCCAAAGUGACCCUCAAGGGCAUCCCGACGCUGGUGUACAGACGGGACUGGAACUACGAGCAUCUCUUCAUGGACAUCAGGAACAAAAUGGCACAGAACCCUCUGCCCAGCUCGGUCGCCGGCGCCAUCACUGGACAGCUGCAGGCCUACAGUGACGCCUGCGAGGCCCUGUCUGUCACCGAAGUCGCCCUGGGCUUUCUCAGCACCGCCGGCGGGGAUCCCAGCAUGCACCUGAACGUGUACACGCAGGACGUCCUGCGCAUGGCCGGGCAGUCGGCUCUCGUGGUGAAGGCCCUGAGCAGGUGCCAGCUGAAACACGCCAUCGCCCUGUGGCAGCUCCUGUCCGCUCACAAGUCGGAGCAGCUGCUGCGACUGAAGAGGGAGCCGUUCGGGGACAUCAGCCCGCAGUACAAAGAGGACCUCAGCCCGGAGGACGCCAGGCUGCUGCGCGCGUUCCUGAAGCAGCACGGCCUGGACGCCUUCCUCCUGGAGCUGCACGAGAUGAUGGUGCUGAAGCUCGCGGGCCUGCAGCCCGAGGACGGCUUCAACCCCGCCUGGAGCCUGAGGGACACCCUGCUGUGCUACCUGGACACCAAGGAGUGCGAGCUCCCGGGGCUGGAGGCGCAGUUCCCGGAGCAGAUCCUGAUGUCGAGCUGCGUCGCCGUGUGGAAGGCAGCUGCCGCACUCAAGCAGGAGCGCCAGGUAGCGCAGUAGAGCUGCGCCCCGGUGCCGCCCCGGGCCGUGGUGAUGGAGCCCCUCCGUGAGUGACGCCGUGAGUGACAUCCUGAGUGACAUUGUGACAUUGUGAGCGACACCGUGAGUGGGGGUGACGGGGCCCCUCCGUGGGCCGGGCCUCAGGGAGCGCUCAGGAGGCCGUGGCCACAGCGUGCCACGUGCGCCACGUGUCCCGGCACGUUCUCUCCGCGUUGUGCGUGCUGUUCACCAGGGGCUGAGACGACGGGGAGCAGGGAAAAGGCGCCCCCUUUAUCGCAGGGGACGAACGCGGUCGCCUCUCGGCCUCACACCCAGGACGGGGCCGUCCCCAGCCUGGGGACGCGGCCACCGAGCCCUCCGUCUGGGGGGGAGGGGACGACCCCUGCUUCCCUGCACUCACGGAGAGAAUCUGGGCUCCUGCCUCGGCCCCGCCCCUCACCUGGGCGCUGGGCGCGAAAAACCGCCAGGCUCUUUGUCUUCUACAGAUUCAGGGCGAGCCGGGAGCCUCUGGGCCCCGCGCUCCGGAGGAGCCCAGCCCCGAGCUGUCGGGGACGCUGCCGAGGUCUCCGUCUCCCCACGUGGGCAGGGGCUUUGAAAAGUGCCUGGAGAACGUGGCUUAUGUACGUGGACUGCAGCAUUUUUCGUGCCAAAGUGUAUUUUUAACUCCGCUUUCCACAGACGUUUUGAAGUCUCCCCACCUAAGGGCACGGAUCGAUGGCCAGAGGGCCCCCCCGGUGUCGGGUCUGAAAGUGCCGAGUGGGGGCCGCUCCCGGGCGCCAUGUGAGGAGCUGAGGCGCAGCCCCUCCGGGGUCGUGGCCAGGGCAUCCGAGCUGAGGCCCAGUGGGUGCACAGACCAGGGCGGCCUCUGUCCGAGCGUCGCCUGAGCUGGUGUUGUCCUAAGGGUCACCUUCCUCCCACACCUGCUCUGGGCCCCCCCCCCCCGGCCCGCGUGGAGCUCGGCACCUGCUAGCGGUGAGACCAGCACAGCGGUGUAGCGCAGGUCAGGGGCCACGGCUUCCACCCUCAUUCCAGGGAGCUCGUGACUCGGCCCGAGUCGGGCCCCUGGAGUGGGACCCCAGGAGAAGACGCCCGCUGAGCACCGGCCACGGACUCCCGCGGAUCCGACCCCGGGAGAAGCCCCCUCAGUGCCCCCUCGUGGUGGGGGUGACCGAGCCGGCCUGAGCAGCCCAGCCACGCCCCACAGACCCUGCCUCCGCCCGUCCAGGGGGAGGGGAGGGGUCCUGGAACUCCUUGGCUACCUCAGCGCUGGGGUGCAGCUGGGCCUGGGCGCCCACCCCACCUCCUCACCGCCCACGCCUUAGCUGGGGGGUCAGGCGCCAGUCUCGCUCCUUCCCUCUGCCCCCCGCUACGGGUUUCCAGUCGAAAUGCUUUCAAAGCCUUACCUCCGAGCUAGCGUCGCCUUGUUAGUGGGAGCACGCAGCCUAGCGCCGGCUGUGGACGCCACUGUCCCUGUCACCCUGUUUUAAUAAACCCGCAUUGUUCUGCUCAAAGACUCCUCCUCCCUGCGGCAGCGCCUCCACGG